UUGUCCUGACACAUUCACAGCACUUGGGAAAUUAACAGCUGAGCUGAAAAAAGUGUUUUAGGACCCAGCGGAACUUUAAAAGCUAUGGGGAGACCCAUUCAAUCAACCCUGCGUUUAGGAGUGCAAGAGUGAAAUAGAAAAACUUGAGACGAUUUUAGAUAUGUUUGGCUCUUCUAACAAAGUUAUGAUGCUGCCGGAAGCUCCCUUGUCUCCCCGGUUUCUUCUUCAGCCUCCAGUUUUCUACCCGUUUCUUCCUUACACAACAUUUAUUUUUGGUGGUGUCUAUCCUGGGAAGAUUAUUACUAUACAAGGAAAGGUGCCAAAUGAUUGCAAUAGAUUCCAGGUGGAUUUCCAGUAUGGGUCCAGUGUGCAGCCUCGGGCAGAUAUUACCAUGCAUUUCAACCCCCGUUUUGAAAACACAGCGCAUGUAAUUUGCAAUACACUAGAAAAUGAACGAUGGGGUUCAGAAGAAAAGACUUCACCACUUCCUCUGAGGAAGGGUGAUGAUUUUCACAUUGUCUUCAUGUUCCACAAAGAGAAUGUGAAGGUAAGUGUGAAUGGAAAGCAUCUGUUGAAGUAUCGGCAUCGAAUACCAAUGGAUUAUGUGGACACAUUGUCAGUGUCUGGAAAAGUCAAGGUGAAAGCUAUUGGAUUCUUCAAUAACAAUCCAUAUUCUGAGGAAGAAACAGAAUAUCCUGUCUGCAGUACUCUUCCUUUAAACAAUGCCCAUCCUCAAAUGCCAUUUAUCUGCAAGCUGAACAGAGCGUUGGAUACUGGUCACAUGAUCACUAUUAGGGGAUUAGUCCAUAAGGAUCCAGAUGAAUUUAUAGUCCUGCUGAAAUGCUUGGAUUCUGAUGACACCCCACUGAAACUUUGUGCUAGUUUCAAGAGAAAAGAUUUGAUCAGGAAAUCAUUUCAGGAUGGAGUCUGGAGUCAUGAAGAAUGUGAGGCACCUUUCUUUCCCUUUCACCCUGAAAGAUUUUUUGAGGUACUUAUCCUGUGUACAGAUCAGGGUUUUAAAGUAGCAUUGAAUGGAAAUCCUUUCCUGUCAUACACACCUCAGAAGCCAAUGCUGAAUCAAAUUAGAGUGCUGGAGGUUUAUGGAAAUGUUGAUCUCUACAAUGUGAAAGUUUAACGACCAGUAUUGUCAAGACAUAAUUUUUUUUCAAACCUGAUGCCAGUACUUGAGCUGUAGAAUGGAGUAAAACCUGCCAAAUCUCAUGUCAAACUUGAUUCCACUUAUGUGGGUAUUUUUUAAAUUACCACAGUGUUUUACAUUAUUCAUACAUCACUUAUGAUGAAGAAUAAGAAUGUAUUGAAUUGUAUGAAAAUUGAAAUAAUUCCUAAUAACCUACACCUUGGAAUGCUUUACUGCCUUUACACAACAAGUUUAUAGUUAAAACCUUUUAAGUAAUUUUUCAUAAAUGUGGUUAAUUGAGCUGUUUCCAGAAAAUACAUAUGGAGUUUGUCUGAUAUCACAAUUGCAUUGCAAAGUCAUAUAUAGUGUUAGAGAGUUACAAAUUGCAUUUCUGAGUCUUACUCCCUUGCAAAGACUUAAGAUGCAAAGUAUUUACUUUUACUGCUUACCUAUAAAUGGUUUAACCUUUGAACACUGGUUCCAGUUAAGAAAUGUAUACUGCAGUCAAUCAUACUGGUUCAAAUACUAAAGUUAACAACUGUAUACCUUCUUGACCAGUAGGGUUACAGCCCUUUCACUUAUAACUCCAAAAUCUAAUCUGGAAAUCUGAAAGAAGUUUAUUUGGCAAGUUGAUGUCUCAGUGACUGUUGACAUGGCAAUCACCACUUCUGCAAUCCUGAAUGUGUGAGGAUACCACUGGUCAGUUACACUGAUGAACAAUGCACUGUUGCACAUAGGGGAUUGCACAGACACCUAAUAACAUGAAAACAGUUCAGGACAGAAUAAUAAUGAGCACCAAGUACUGAUUGCUGUUGAAUGUUAUUGAGUUUGUACCCACCAGUUUAUAAUAGGAGUAUAUGUUUAUAGUGGCAUUAACUCUGCAGUUGCAUAUAAAGCUUUAAGCAUGUUUGAGUUAUUAUGCUCAAGUUGCAUCCCAGGGCACUGACAGUGGCCAUCACAGAACAGUGUGAUGUGAGAGCUUUAGAAGCUGAGAUAAUACUCUGUGCUGCCACUCACUGUGACAUAGUGAACUACUUUGCAACUUAAAGCUGCUCAUUGAUUGUGCAUAGACUUUGCUUAUUGCCACUGUGUCAGUACUAAGUGUUGCAGCUUUCAGUGCUGUAGAGCAGCUCAAGCUUCCACACCAUUUUUUUUCUAUUCCAAGAUCAUAAUACACCAAAGCAGCUAAAGUUAUACCAACUACAAAAAUUAGUGUGACAUCUCUUAGUGUGUGACAGCCUUCAAAGCUAUAAAGAUCUUUGUGCUGCCAUACUAACUGGAAAUACAUCAGAGCACCUAAUGCUCCAUGUACUACAAAAAAUUAUAACGGAGAUUCUUAAAGUAAUAGCCAGUUAGUUGUGUGUUGUUGAAAUGAAUGUCAAGAUUCACUUUGGUCAAAGUGAAUUUCUUGAGCAAAUAAUAAUCCUCUCUAUUAUCUGGAAAAUAAAAAUUUAUUGCAAGACAUGUCGCAACAAUUUACCAUUAGCAAAAGGAAUGCCAUUUCACUAUGCCCUGGGAAUGAACAGCUUUUUCUGCAGUCCUAGUAAUGAGGAAUAUAAUUAUUUUGUACAUUACACUUUACCAAUAAGUGUACCUAAUUAGUUCAUACAGGCAAGAAUGCUUCAGAUUUCCAAAUUAUGUCAAAUUAUCCAGUGUCCUUGACACGUAAUGACUACUUUGUAUACUGUCCCAUAAAAUACUCUUCAUAUUUCUAGUAACAGUAUGUCAGAUGUUAAGCAUAAAAUACUCUUCAUAUAUUACUGUGUUAGACAUUCUGAAAACAAAAACUAAAUGGUCAUUGUAAACAAUGUUUGUGAUUAUUAAAAAAAAAAAAAAAAAAAAAAA